UCGGCUCGGCGCGGAUAUGGGCUGGGCCGUGCUACUGGCUGCGGCCGCGCUCCUGGCGCCCGCCGCCGCCUGGGCGCCCUCCGCCGAGGAGGAGCUGCAGUUCAAGGCCUGGAUGCUGCAGAACAACCGGCAGUACGGCCCGGGCGAGUACCCCCGCAGGCUGCGCGUCUUCCUCGGCAACAAGAGGCAGAUCGACGAGCACAACGCCGGCAACCACAGCUUCCAGAUGAGCCUGAACCAGUUUUCAGACCUGACCUUCGCAGAAUUUAAAAAGCUGUACCUGUGGAGAGAGCCCCAGAACUGCUCAGCCACAAAGGGGAACUUCCUGCGCAGCUCCGGGCUGUAUCCCGACUCCAUCGACUGGAGGAAGAAGGGAAAUUACGUGACACCCGUGAAAAACCAGGGCCUCUGCGGGAGCUGCUGGACCUUUUCCACCACGGGAUGUUUGGAGUCUGCUAUUGCUAUUGCAACAGGAAAGCUCCUCUCUCUGGCGGAACAACAGUUAGUUGAUUGCGCCCAGGCUUUUAACAACCACGGCUGCAGUGGGGGCCUGCCAAGCCAAGCCUUCGAAUACAUAUUGUAUAACAAAGGGCUCAUGGGGGAGGACACCUACCCGUACCGGGCCAAGAAUGGCACCUGCAGGUUCCAGCCGGAGAAGGCUAUUGCGUUUGUCAAGGAUGUUAUCAAUAUCACACAGUAUGACGAGGAUGGCAUGGUAGAAGCUGUGGGGAAACACAACCCGGUGAGCUUUGCGUUUGAGGUGACAGCUAACUUCAUGCACUACAAAAAAGGAGUCUAUUCAAACCCACGAUGUGAGCACACUCCUGACAAGGUGAACCAUGCUGUCCUCGCUGUGGGGUAUGGAGAAGAAAAUGGGACUCCUUACUGGAUUGUGAAGAACUCCUGGGGCCCGCUGUGGGGCAUGGAGGGGUACUUCCUUAUUGAACGUGGCAAGAAUAUGUGUGGUCUUGCUGCUUGUGCAUCUUACCCUGUACCUCAGGUGUAAGAGGAGAGCGCAGGCUGGGGAAAGUGGGCAUAGGAAACGGAGCGACUGAUUGUGUACGAAUUUCUGAAUGCUAAAAUCAAGAAAGCGAGAACAAGAUGGAAUACCAGCCUGCUGAAAGUCAUUACCUGCAGGCAGAUUCCUUGGCUUGCACGCAGCUUCUUGCAGUAGGAAGACCCGUGCCGCCUCUUCCCCGGCCAAAAGCAAGCGUGCCCCUGCGCCGAGUGCCACACUCCUGCCUUCUCCUCCCGGCUGCGGUGGGCUGGCGGCAUGCCUCGCUCGCCCUGUCCCCACCAAGGCCCCGCGGCUCUGCCGGGGGGGGUGUCAGCAGCAGGGGGGGCUGCUUGGGCAGUGGAAAUGCCCCGCAGUUACCCGAUUUUAAGACACUGCCGCAACAAAGCUCACCCCUUCCUUCAGGUGGCCGUUUCCCAAUCAACAGGUGUAACUUCUAGCGAUUUUUUAAUUUUCUUUUGAAGGUGAUUUUUCCUUUCUCUAGAGAAAGAUGACUGCUGUGAUUUGUAUGUUUUUAUCUAUUUUCAUUAAAUGUUUUUAGUAUUUUUUUUAAUUAAAAAAAUAGGGUAUUUUAAUGCAAA